CUCGUCUGCACCGUGAACGGCCAUUUCCUCGUCGGCUUUAUUAUCCACCUCUUUCGAUUUUUAUAUCCUCCGCAAGAUAUUAAGAUCAGACCCGAUCCGAUCCGAUUGAGCCCAAAAUUUGUCAUCAAGCGUGCAACAUCCCUUGCGGCCAUGGCGAGGCCGCACGUCGUGGUUGUGCCGUACCCGGGCUCCGGCAACAUCAACCCGGCGCUGCAGCUCGCCAAGCUGCUGCACCGCCACGGCGUCUACGUCACCUUCGUCAACACCGAGCACAACCACCGCCGCGUGCAGGCCACCGAGGGCGCCGGCGCCGUGCGGGGCCGCGAGGGGUUCCGCUUCGAGGCCAUUCCGGACGGGCUCUCCGAGGCCGACCGCGGCAAGCAGGACUACCUCCGCGGCCUGGCCGUGUCCACGAGCACGCGCUGCGCGGCGCCGCUCCGGGACCUCAUCGCGCGGCUCAACGCCACGCCCGGCGUGCCGCCGGUCAGUUGCGUGCUGCCCACGAUGCUGAUGAGCUUCGCGCUGGGCGUGGCGCGGGAGCUCGGCAUCCCGACCAUGGUGUUCUGGACCGGCAGCGCCGCAGCGCUCAUGACGCACAUGAGGCUCCAGGAGCUCGAGGAACGAGGAUACCUGCCACUCAAGGAUGAGAGCUACUUGACGAACGGCUACCUCGAGAAGACGGUCAUCGACUGGAUCCCCGGCAUGCCACCGAUCUGCCUCGGCGACUUCUCCAGCUUCCUCCGCACCACCGACCCGAACGACUUCGGCCUCCGCUUCAACGAGUCAGAGGCCAACAAGUGCACCACGGCCGGCGCCCUCAUUCUCAACACCUUCGACGGCCUCGAGGCCGACGUCCUCGCCGCUCUCCGGGCCGAGUACCCGCGCAUGUACACCGUCGGCCCUCUGGGCUCCCUCCUCCGCCAGAACCUCGACAGCGCCGCCGCCGACUCGACCGGCCUAAGCCUCUGGAAGCAGGACGCCGGGUGCCUGGCGUGGCUGGAAGCGCAGGAGCAGCGCUCCGUCGUGUACGUCAACUUCGGCAGCCACACGGUGCUGACGCCGGAGCAGCUGGCCGAGUUCGCGUGGGGCCUCUCGGCGUGCGGCCACCUGAUCCUAUGGUGCGUCAGGGACAACCUCGUCCGCGGCGGCGGCCCGGCCGUGCUGCCGCCGGACUUCACGGCUGCGGCGGCGGGGAGGUGCCACGUGACCGCGUGGUGCCCGCAGGAGCAGGUGCUGCGGCACCCGGCCGUGGGCUGCUUCCUGACGCACAGCGGGUGGAACUCGACGUGCGAGAGCCUGUCCGCCGGCGUGCCAAUGGUGUGCUGGCCGGGGUUCUCGGACCAGUACACCAACUGCAAGUACGCCUGCGAGGUGUGGGGCGUCGGCGUCCGGCUGGACGAGGAGGUCAGGAGGGAGCAGGUCGCCGCGCACGUCAGGGAGGCCAUGGGGAGCGAGGUGAUGAGGAGGGCGGCGGCCAAGAGGAAGGAGGAGGCGGAGACGGCCACCAGCCCCGGCGGCUCUUCGUCUGAGAACCUGCUGAGCAUGGUGAGAGAACUCAGCAGCGGCAACAAUGAAGAGGUGAAGAAGUAAUUGUUGGGUUUGGACGAGUCUGGAACAUGUACAACGCAGAAGUGUUUGUUAACGCCAAUAAAGCUAUUGGAAUUUUAGCAAUAUACACAUAAUUCGGCGAUUU